GCUGAGGCUCCCGGGCUCCGAAGCCGCCGCCCCCGCCGCCCCACCUGCGCCCGGCGGCGCCAUGGAUCCUUCGGAGAGGAAGAUAUCGGUGUGGAUCUGCCAGGAGGAGAAGCUGGUGUCCGGCCUGUCCCGCCGCACCACCUGCUCGGACGUGGUGCGGGUGCUGCUGGAGGACGGCUGCCGGCGGCGACGGAGGCAGCGGCGGGGCCGGCGGCGGGGGGCGGCCGGCGACUCCCCGGGCCGGGACGAGCUGCGGGAGCUCCUGGACGAGGACGACGAGGACGACGAGGAGGCGCUGCCGCAGGGCCUGCUGUGCGGGCCCCCGCAGUGCUAUUGCAUCGUGGAGAAGUGGCGGGGCUUUGAGCGCAUCCUGCCUAACAAGACGCGCAUCUUGCGCCUCUGGGCCGCCUGGGGCGACGAGCAAGAGAACGUGCGCUUCGUGCUGGUGCGCAGCGAGGCGUCCCUCCCCAACGCGGGCCCCCGCAGCGCCGAGGCGCGCGUCGUGCUCAGUCGGGAGCGCCCCUGCUCGGCCCGGGGGGUCCCGGCGCGGCCCAGCCCGGCCCUGACGCAGGAGAAGCAGCGGCGGGUGGUGCGCAAGGCCUUCCGCAAGCUGGCCAAGCUCAACCGGCGGCGCCAGCAGCAGCCGUCGUCGCCCCGCUCGUCCACCUCGUCGUCCACCGCAUCGUCCUGCUCGUCGCCGCCGCGGGCCGCCGAGAGCGCGUCGGUGGAGCGCAUGGAGACGCUGGUGCAUCUGGUGCUCUCCCAGGACCACACCAUCCGCCAGCAGGUGCAGCGGCUCCGCGAGCUGGAUCGCGAGAUCGACCGCUACGAGGCCAAGGUGCACCUGGACCGCAUGCGGCGGCACGGAGUCAACUACGUGCAGGACACUUACUUGGUGGGCGCCGGCGGCGAGGUCGACGGGCCCGGCCCCGGGGACGAGGAGGCGGCGGCGGCGGCCCCCGCGGACGGCGAGGCGCAGGCGGCCGCGCUGGAGGAGCUGGCCCGGCGGUGCGACGACCUGCUGCGGCUGCAGGAGCAGCGGGCCCAGCAGGAGGAGUUGCUCGAGCGCCUCUCGGCCGAGAUCCAGGAGGAGCUGAACCAGAGGUGGAUGCGGAGGCGCCAGGAGGAGCUCGCCGCGCGGGAGGAGCCCCUGGAGCCCGGCGGCGGCCUCGACGGCGAGCUGCUGCUGGAGCAGGAGCGGGUCAGGACGCAGCUCAGCACCAGCCUCUACAUCGGGCUCCGGCUCAACACGGACCUGGAGGCCGUCAAGUCGGACUUGGAUUACAGCCAGCAGCAGUGGGACAGCAAGGAGCGCGAGCUGCAGGGCCUCCUCCAGACUUUGCACACGCUGGAGCUGACGGGGGCGCCCGACGGCGCUCUGGGUGCUGGCGGGCCCGCCCGGGACGCCCGGCCUCCGGGCUGCGCCGAGGGGUGGGUGGACCAGGCCCGCGGACUGGCCAAGAGCUGUCCCGGCAACGACGAGGACUCGGACACCGGGCUGAGCUCCAUGCACAGCCAGGACUCGGACUCGGUGCCCGUGUGCGAAUCUCUAGUGUAAGGGGAGCGGGGUGCGAGACGGGGACGGCCCUUCUCCCUUCCCCGCGGAAAACCCCCCAGCCUGGCCAGCUCAGGGACUUGCAGCCAGCCUUG